GCGUCCCCUCCCCUCGCGUGUUUGGACCUGGGCUCGCGGGCUAGAGCCUUGGUCUCCUAGCGACCGACGGGAGUCACAGUAGCAGCCCUCCAGGCUUGCCUUUAUUUGGGAGUCUUUAAAAAAAAAAAAGAAAGAAAGAAGGCCCCUGAGACUCUUGGCGCUCAGCCCACCACCCGGUGUCAGGUUUUCGAGAGCCUCAUGAAUAAGAAGAAGACAGAGAAUAAUUUGGCCUGCUCCAAGGAAGGAGAUGGAAAAGAUAAUUGUAAAAUAUCAGAUGUUCAUUUGCCAGCUAUAGUAGAAAGAAAAGAAAAAAACAAAUGUGAAAAAGAAGCUGAAAAAGCAGAGCAGCGUUCAGAAAAUACAUGUCCCAGGAGACCACGUGUAAUGUUUGCCAAAUUCAUAAGAACUAAUCCAAGAUUCUAUAAUGAGCCAGUUUGCUACAUAGAACACCCAAAUAUAAGAAACAAGCAGGGAGAAGAAAAAACUCAACUUUCACAGGAUCCACAAUCCCUGCCCUCAAAGGACCUUAUAUCUAGUAGUGGAAACAAGGAGGCUUGGUGGUCACAUGAAGAAAUACUGAACCACCACUAUGAUCCAUCUUAUGACUUCCAGAGUACCCAAAGAAGUGAUUUCAGAAUACCAGCAUGUCAGUUGGUUUUGCCAACCAAAUACUGCAGGAGACAAAAGGCUGCUUGUGGCAUAGUUCCAUUAGCAAUUUCAGACACCUUACCAGUAAUUGAAAACAAAUUUUCACAUCGUUUUCCUUUUAUACAUCUGUUCAGAAAAAGUUUGCCACCAAAGCAUCAUGGAGCUUUUCAGCAGACAGAUAUAAAACCAGUCAGAGGACCAAUAGUUCCUAAGGGAACAGAAGUAUUCCAAAGUGCUCCAGGGUCAUGCUUACCAGAGCAGUCAAAAACAGAGAGAGGAAACUCAACGACAAGUACAGAGACCUCAUCCAGUCCCUGCCAACCCGAAAGGUCAUCAAUUUCUGAAUGUCACUUAUCAGAAACAGACGUCAAAGAGGCAACCAAAGCAUACCUCAGCAAACAAAAGAGUCCAGGAAUUUCUGGGACAGCUAAAGUAAAUUUUAUCCUUCCUACCAAGGAGGAGCCUUUAUAUCCACCAAUCAAACAGAGUUUUUGAAAAAUCAGCAGAUAGGUUACCCACAACAAAUAACACAGUCACUGAUACUCCCAUUAGUUCCUGAAAUGGAAAGAAUCUAAAUUCACUAUACUGACAGCUGUUUGCUUUUCUAGUACCAAUAACCAAAAAUACAAGCUGACCCCAGCUUAUUUUUAGAGAGAACGUGGUACUCCUUUGUCUAAAAAAUAAUAGUGUCAUACUUUGUUUUCUGAAAAACCUAGACGCUGCAAGGAUUGUAGAGGAAUUUGAUUGCUGUUUCCUUCAACUACUUUGUUUACAUUUUGAGAUCAGACAUUUUGGGUAACAAUUCCACUGAAGUUAAAAUUAGGACACCUAGCUUAGUGAUAAUGGCAAAACCCCUUAACUUCUCCAGAUCUUUCUUGUCUUUAGAAAUAUGAUAAGAAUAUUUAUGCUAUUCCUCUCACCUCUGAGAGAAUACUGUGGGGGAAGCACUUUGUAAACUAUAAAGUGCUAUAUAAAUAUGAGCUAUGAUUGUGAAUAGCUGUUUUAAUAUUAGAAUGAUAAUGAAAUAUAUCCACUGUUCACCUGCAGAUGGAGAACUGAUGGACUCAGUACAAAUUGAAGCAUAUUUUCUUCUUUUUCUUUUUCCUUUUUUUUUUAACAUGACUAACAUAAGAAUUUGUUUUGUAUGACUAUACAUACCUUGUAACAAGUACUGUUUUUUCUUGCCUUCUCAAUGGGUAGAGGAAAAGGAAGAGAAUUCAGAACUGAAAAUAAAAUUGAAAAUGCAUAAAAGAAAAUGUGUUUUUUAAAAAAGAAUACUAUCUCAAUCCUUUCUUAUGGCUACAUGUGAUAAAACUAAUAAUUAACAAGAGAAUCACCCCUCAUAAAAAGAUGAAACCAUAACAUACAAAAUCAUGUCAUUUUUUUCAAAAGCCAGUUACUAUGAAUCCACCAUUUCAUAGUUUUGAUGUCUAACAUGUUCUCUUAGUAGUAAUAUUUAUUAUUACCUUGAAGAUAAAAAUGGUUUCACACAGUGCUUUAACAUACCAGAUUUACCUCAAGCUCCCACUGAACACAAGUUCAUUAUUUGAAAAAUAUGUCAAAAGGCAAUUUCAGUAAUAUAAGCAGUUGUAAUACAGAAAUUGUUGUAUUUCUUUUCAUUUGGCUAAUGAUAUUGCUCUAGAUAAUACAGUGUUAGAAAUGAGUUCCUGUCCAUAAAUUUCUAAUAAAUUCAUUGGAGUCAUACUUACAUUUCUUUCGCCAGCUAUGUUUAGUUAUUUGUUUUAAUUAAGGUCCCUAUAGUUCAUUACAAUCAUUAUUACCUAACAAGAAGAACUAAUGUUCUUAAAUUUCAUAAUUACUUGUGAAUUUUGCAUAGUAUAUAGGGAUCUUAGGGCUCUCAGGCUCCACCUAAUUUCAUUUAAGGGGCAGGUAGGUGGCACAAUGGAUGAAGUCCUGGACCUGGAAGCAGGAAGACCCGUGUU